GCGCAGGAGCUUUUCCAUUCUUACCAAGCUGCAGCAACAGAGGGGCGGAGGAGAGCAUCAGCCAUGCAUUGCAGCAGCAGCAGCAACAGGGGCAGGGGCUAGACACGGGUGUUGCUCCCUGCUCGUCUGAAUGCCUCUUCCGGGGUGUGCUGGGGUACAAGUAGAUUGGCACCGUCUUCCCGGUUUAGCCCCAGAAGGAUGGAUUGUUGAAUCCGGAAGCAUUGGAGACCUGGUCAUACAGCCCGGCUGGUCCGCACACUGCUUUAUUUAUCUAUUACUAGUUAUUUAAAUUGAACUUUUAAUAACCUGCCAGCUGCUCUUCAGACACACAUGGUGCAUUGUUGCCAUUCCCAGAAUCACAUCUUUGAAAUCCAGGCCCUUGGUAACCUUCAUCAAACAAAGAGGCGACCCAGAGGAUACUCCCGCAGGACUGCUCAAACCUGCCGCCCUCUCGCCUCCCUGUUGCCUGUGCUGCUUUUCUAGCACAUCAUGGAGCCCACCAUGGAGUAUUGUUUGGUUCAGGUCCUGCAGAAGGACGUUGGAAAGAGACUUCAGGUUGGCCAAGAAUUAAUAGACUACUUCUCAGAUAAACAAAAAUCUUCUGAUCUUGAACAUGAUCAGACCAUGCUGGAUAAAAUGGUUGAUGGUCUUGCUACCUCGUGGGUAAAUUCCAGUAAUUAUAAGGUUGUCCUGCUGGGCUUGGACAUCUUAUCAGCCCUGGUGUCACGGCUCCAAGACAGAUUCAAAGCCCAAACUGGCACAGUGCUGCCUAGUCUAAUUGACAGGUUGGGAGAUUCAAAAGACUCAGUACGAGAACAGGAUCAGGCACUGCUGCUAAAAAUCAUGGAGCAAGCUGCUAGUCCUCAGUAUGUAUGGGACAGGAUUUUGGGAGGAUUCAAACACAAGAAUUUCCGGACGAGAGAAGGAAUUUGCCUCUGCCUUAUUGCAACGCUCAAUGCAUAUGGAGCUCAGAGUUUAACACUGAGCAAGAUUGUGCCACAUAUAUGUAACUUACUUGGAGAUCCAAACAGCCAGGUUCGCGACGCAGCAAUAAAUAGCUUAGUAGAAAUCUACAGACACGUAGGUGAACGUGUAAGAGCCGAUCUCAGCAAAAAAGGAUUACCACAGUCUCGGUUGAAUAUCAUUUUUACAAAAUUUGACGAGGUUCAAAAAUCAGGAACAAUGAUCCAGGGAUCAGGUGAUAAAAAUUUUGAUGAUGAUGACUCUGUGGAUGGGAACAGGCCUUCCUCAGCCAGCUCCUCAACGUCUUCAAAGGCUCCAUCUGUGCGAAAAAGUGGGGUGGGGACUGCCCGCAGAGUUGGAACAGCAGCUGUAGUCUCAAAGGCUCCAGCAACUAAAGAAGGGGCUGGUGCUGUUGAUGAGGAAGACUUCAUUAAAGCGUUUGAAGAUGUCCCAACAGUUCAGAUUUAUUCUAGUCGAGACCUUGAAGAAUCCAUAAACAAAAUCAGAGAAAUCCUGUCAGAUGACAAACAUGAUUGGGAACAGAGAGUAUCUGCAUUGAAAAAGAUCCGAUCUUUAUUGUUGGCUGGAGCUGCUGAAUAUGAUACCUUUUUCCAACACCUGCGUCUGCUUGAUGGAGCAUUUAAAUUAUCCGCUAAAGACUUGCGGUCCCAGGUAGUGAGAGAGGCUUGUAUCACGUUGGGGCACUUAUCAUCGGUCUUGGGUAACAAGUUUGACCAUGGGGCAGAAGCCAUCAUGCCAACAAUUUUUAAUCUCAUUCCCAACAGUGCCAAAGUUAUGGCCACCUCUGGUGUAGUAGCUGUUAGAUUAAUAAUUCGACAUACGCACAUCCCACGACUAAUUCCCAUAAUUACCAGUAAUUGUACCUCCAAAGCUGUUGCUGUUAGAAGGCGCUGUUUUGAAUUUUUAAAUUUACUUUUACAAGAAUGGCAAACACACUCCUUAGAAAGGCAUAUAUCAGUAUUGGCUGAAACAAUAAAGAAAGGAAUCCAUGAUGCUGACUCUGAAGCACGCAUAAAAGCCAGAAAGUGUUACUGGGGCUUCCAUGGCCAUUUUAGUCGGGAAGCAGAACAUUUGUUUAAUUCAUUGGAAUCCUCAUACCAGAAGGCUCUACAAUCUCACUUGAAGAACUCUGAUAGCAUUGUGUCCUUGCCUCAAUCAGACCGCUCCUCUUCUAGCUCCCAGGAGAGUCUCAAUCGUCCACUGUCUGCCAAAAGAAGCCCAACAGGAAGCACGACAUCACGAGCUUCUACUGUAAGUGCAAAAUCUGUGUCAACGUCCGGGUCUCUCCAACGUUCUCGCAGUGACAUUGACGUGAAUGCAGCAGCCAGUGCCAAAUCGAAAGUAACUUCUUCUGGAUCAGAUGCCCCAUUCAGCUCUGCUGCAGCCCUGCCGCCCGGUUCAUAUGCAUCCCUAGAUGGUACUACCAAUAAAGCAGAGGGCCGUAUUCGCACAAGGAGGCAAAGCUCUGGAAGUGCCACUAGUAUCACCUCAACCCCAGCUGACACUCGUGGACGAAGCCGGGCUAAAGUAGUUUCACAGUCUCAGCGAUCCAGAUCAGCUAACCCCGCUGGUGCUGGGAGUCGAUCCAGCUCCCCUGGCAAAUUGCUAGGAAGUGCAUAUGGUGGACUGAGCAGUGGCACAUCCAGGGCACACCCCGUACCGUCAUCUGCGGACAAGCGCAGCAAAGUCCCUCGGAGCCAGGGAUGCAGCCGGGAGACCAGCCCCAACAGGAUAGGUCUAGCACGGAGCAGCCGUAUCCCCCGACCCAGCGUGAGUCAGGGGUGCAGCCGCGAUACCAGCCGUGAGAGCAGCCGGGAUACAAGCCCUGCUCGGGGCUUCCCUCCACUGGCCUCUCGACGUCAUUCCAGGUCCACUAGUGCUCUCUCCACUGCUGAGUCUGUUGGGCAGUCAGACCGGUUUGGGCUUGGACAGCCAGGCAGGUUGCCUGCCUCUAUGAAUGCGAUGCGAGUUCUCAGUACAAGCACAGAUCUGGAAGCUGCUGUGGCAGAUGCACUGCUGUUAGGAGACUCCAGGAGCAAGAAAAAACCGGUGAGACGAAGGUAUGAGCCAUAUGGAAUGUAUUCUGAUGAUGACGCAAACAGCGACGCAUCGAGUGCUUGUUCAGAGCGUUCCUAUGGUUCCCGCAAUGGAGGCAUCCCCCAUUACUUGCGGCAGACAGAGGAUGUGGCCGAGGUCUUAAAUCACUGUGCUAGUUCCAACUGGUCUGAAAGGAAAGAAGGACUGAUAGGCCUGCAGAAUUUACUGAAGAGCCAACGGACACUGAGUCGAGUGGAAUUGAAAAGGCUGUGUGAGAUCUUCACACGCAUGUUUGCAGACCCACACAGCAAGGUUUUUAGUAUGUUUCUUGAAACCCUGGUAGAUUUCAUCAUUAUUCACAAGGAUGACUUGCAAGAUUGGCUCUUUGUCCUUCUGACCCAGUUACUCAAGAAGAUGGGUGCUGACUUGCUGGGAUCAGUGCAAGCAAAAGUGCAGAAAGCUCUGGAUGUGACAAGGGAUUCCUUUCCUUUUGAUCAGCAAUUUAAUAUUUUGAUGAGAUUUAUUGUAGAUCAAACUCAAACACCAAACCUUAAGGUCAAAGUAGCAAUCCUGAAGUACAUUGAAUCAUUGGCCAGACAGAUGGACCCCACAGAUUUUGUAAACUCCAGUGAAGCAAAACUUGCAGUUUCCAGGAUUAUUACCUGGACUACAGAACCAAAGAGCUCAGAUGUGAGAAAGGCAGCACAAAUAGUCCUCAUUUCUCUAUUUGAACUGAACACUCCUGAGUUUACUAUGUUACUUGGUGCCUUGCCAAAAACAUUCCAGGAUGGUGCUACCCGGCUACUACACAACCACCUCAAGAACUCCAGUAACACUAGCGUGGGUUCCCCUAGCAAUACUGUUGGCCGAACUCCUUCACGUCAUCCCAGCAGCAGAACCAGCCCCUUAACUUCACCUACCAACUGUUCACAUGGAGGACUAUCUCCAAGUCGUUUAUGGGGUUGGAGUGCGGAUGGGCUCUCGAAGCACCCUCCUCCCCUUUUUCAGCCUAACUCCAUCCCCGCUGCUCCUUCUCACAAGACUUUCAGGCGCUCUUACUCUCCCAGCAUGCUGGAUUACGACACAGAGAACCUAAAUUCUGAUGAAAUUUAUAGCUCUCUUCGUGGAGUCACAGAAGCAAUUGAAAAGUUUAGUUUUCGAAGCCAAGAGGAUCUAAAUGAACCAAUCAAACGUGAUGGAAAGAAGGACAGUGACAUUGUUUCUCGGGAUGGUGGAGUAGCAUCCCCAGCUACUGAUAUGCGUGGAAACAGUGAUGUUGUGGAAGGAGGAAGGAUGGCUUUAGACAACAAAACUUCCCUACUCAACACUCAACCCCCACGUGCCUUUUCGGGACCCCGAACCCGAGAGUAUAAUCCCUACCCAUACUCAGAUACUAUCAGCGCCUAUGACAAAACCGCUCUUAAAGAGGCUGUGUUUGAUGAUGAUAUUGAUCAACUUCGGGAUGUGCCCAUUGAUCAUUCCGAUUUGGUGGCUGAUCUUUUAAAAGAAUUAUCCAAUCACAAUGAGCGAGUAGAAGAACGGAAAGGAGCCCUUCUUGAACUGUUGAAGAUUACGAGGGAAGAUAACCUGGGAGUUUGGGAAGAACAUUUCAAGACCAUUUUACUUUUAUUGCUCGAAACACUUGGAGACAAAGAUCAUUCAAUAAGAGCGUUGGCAUUGCGAGUGUUGCGAGAAAUCUUGAGGAACCAGCCUGCAAGAUUUAAGAACUAUGCUGAACUCACUAUCAUGAAGACUCUGGAAGCACAUAAAGAUUCUCACAAGGAGGUUGUGAGAGCUGCUGAAGAAGCUGCUUCCACUUUGGCCAGCUCAAUCCACCCUGAACAGUGCAUCAAAGUGCUUUGUCCCAUCAUUCAAACUGCUGACUACCCAAUUAAUCUGGCUGCUAUUAAAAUGCAGACUAAAGUCAUUGAGAGGAUCUCAAAGGAGUCUUUGCAUCAACUCCUUCAAGAUAUCAUCCCUGGGCUAUUACAGGGUUAUGACAACACAGAAAGCAGUGUCCGCAAGGCCAGUGUAUUUUGCCUUGUGGCAAUCUAUUCAGUUAUUGGUGAAGAACUGAAGCCUCAUCUUGCACAGCUCACUGGGAGCAAGAUGAAACUCCUGAACUUGUACAUAAAGAGGGCCCAGACCACCAACAGCAACAGCAGUUCAUCUUCAGACGUUUCCACACACAGUUAAUGGAAAUCUUGGGACCUCCUUGUAGACACAGAAGCAAUCAGCGGUGCCUCUCAGAGACCCUCCUCCCUUCAUCAGCACGCUCCAUCUGCUGACGGAGGCCACGCAGAAGUUUAUUGCAAUCAGUAUUUUAGUCAUUCUAAAGCUUUUUAUGGUAGGUUCUACUUGGUAUUGAAUGUAAAGGAAGCAAGGCCUGGGUUGCAGUCUUUGUUUAAAAAAAAGAAAAGAAAAGAAAAGGAGCAGUAGAAUGCGGUAGGUGAAAGACAUUGCACUCGCCUGUAGCGUAGUCAUUUCUAAAACUUGAAAAGGUUCCAAAGCUAUGUAUAUCCAUGUUUUACAUCAAAGGGAUUUCUACACUGUUGAUAGGGAUGGGUUUCUAUAAGCCUACAACUGUAAUAGUCAAACUUUUGAUUACUUCCUCUAGUUUCUGCAAUUUCUCAGACAUUUCCAGCUGAGUUUAAAAUGUGAAAUAGUCUGGCUUUUUCAAGAAGAAAACUUAUACAGGUUAUAAAAUUUGCCCCCUCAGCUAGGAGGCAAGUGAGGGUGAUGGCGUUUUCCUUUUUUAAAAAGAAAAAUGUAAUACUACCAUCAUCUGAGUGAUGCAGGUUGUGGAAAUUCCCCAGAGACUCGUCAGAUUUCAAAUGGCAGUGUUUAUAUAGGGCAAUACGUAAUUAGUUGUAUAUAGCUAAUUUAAGAUCUGCUUCUAGAUCAUUCAAUUAUCUAUUUUUUCCUCAACGUAUUUCAGCAGUUUUGAAAAUUGGCCCUCACCCCCUAAAGUUUUGCAAAAUGCUAUAAUGUAUUCCCUGUUCUUGCUUCAGAGAAGGUUCUGCCCAUGUGGCACAGCUAAAUCCCAUUCUGCCUUUAGUUUUAUUUAUUUUUAAUGGAACUCUUCUAUUAACAGUCUUCAUGGGGCAAUGUGAAUUCCUUCUGUAACUAACUUUAUCUAGCGUGAUGAAACCUGUUAGUAUGCACUGAGAGCGAAUGCACUGUACUGUCUCUAAACUGGUCAAGCUUCAACACUGACAUUAUCAGGGGAACUAAUAACCCCUCUUCUAAGAAAUAUAUGUGAAAUUUGCUCUUACUGCUGCUUCAACCCUCAGAAAAAAAACUUGUACUUUCCAAAGCUUGAUUGGCUUCCUGGGAACUGCAACCCAUAUAACCAGGCCUUCCUUUCUUAAUAAAAUACUGCUUUUGUUUGUCAACAGAUGAUCCUCAGUGUGACACUUGUUCUGUUAACACCUCUUCCCCAAUCAAAGCGUUCCCCAUCCUUUGAGUACUCCAAGAGUAUAUUGCUCCCUCCUGACCACCAGGCAAUCUGGCUUAUUUAUAAUCUCGUUUUGUGUCUGAUGUACAUAGCAAAUUACUUCCCUUCUCUCGCUCUCAGGAGUUUAGACAGGACCCUGUUUCUUCAGGCAGUACUCAAAGGGCUAACUCCAUCUGCACUAGUUGCUUUCUUUGAAGUUGUACUAUCUGGGGAAGGUGUGAGUGGGCAUGUUUAAAUACUCCAGGGGCAAGGACCCUUUGGCUACCAGUCCCAUGUAUGCAGAUGGGGAUAAAUCUGGAAUGCUCUUGGCACUUGGCUGCCAGAUGGGAGACAGCACCAUCAGCACUGUCCAAAUGUCUGCCACAGCUCCCCCCGCCCUUCCUUUGCUGCCUCCUUAUGCAGGGCUUUAACUUUUCAGACCUUUUGAAAGCAGAAUGUUUCUUUUCUUUGUAUUCUUCUUCUAUUGGCCCUUUGCCCACCCAAGCCUUUAUAUCUGAGAAUCCGCACAGAACAACCCUGCCUGCUGCUGGGUUGCCUUAGACGGUGACAUCCGUGCUCUUCACAGGACACCGGUGUUCACAGGGCAUACGCAAACAAACCAAUGCAACCCUUUUCACCAUCGGGAGUCCUGUAGGUCUCUUGCAUUGUGCUGAAUUAGCCGAGGCAUGUGGCUGUCGUUUUAAAGGUACACUAUGUGUGCGUGCCUGAAUAAUGAUACAACACAAGACUUUUCUAUCGCUUCUGACUAGCUUCUCAAUAACCUGUAUAAGUAAUGUAACUUCCCACAUUGUCAUAUAAAUAUUAUUUCUACCAUCCCUCCCAGCUCCUUGAUUUAUCAAAUGUAAUAGUUCAUAUUAAAGGACAACAGAGAAAUGUUUGUAGAAUGCAGCAGGACUUUGCUAAUUGUAAUAAUGUUUUAAAUGGGAAGGAUGGGCUUGCCAGGCCUUUCAAAACCGUCAGCCAUCCGAAACAAGUUUGUUGGCACAGUGUUCAUGCGCAUGUAUUUAAUUUCUAUUUUUGGGUUGGUUAUUUUAUUUCAAUUUUUUUUGCGCUUUUGUCAUGUUACAUCCAUAUCUGUAUUUAUAUCUUAUUUGUUUCAUUUUUGAGUGUAUCAUGGCAAAUGUACAGAUGUUUUUAUGUUAACAUUUACAUGAUAGAAUUUGCUAAAAAAAUAAAACCUUUUGCGUUUGCCCUAGAAUAAAUGAAA